CGUGGACGGAGAGUGUCUGGAAAAGACGGGCCGCUUCUGCUUCGAAUUCGAAAGGCGCCCGCGCCGUUCAGAAUCCUCGGUGGUUCCUUUUCUUUACCUCGGGUGGUAAAAGAGGCGCCCGGAAGCGUCUUUGUGGCCGGAAGCUGCAGCUAUUGCGCCUCGGAGGGGCGGGGCUUCAGCGACGUGUCAAAGGGAAGAUGGAGGCUGGUGGAGGAGCUGGCUACAGCAAAGCCUUCAAACGGUCAGAGAGAAGUCUACAGAGGCUUUGGAGUUCAUGAAACGUGAUCUGACAGAAUUCACCCAGGUGGUCCAACAUGAUACAGCUUGCACCAUUGCUGCUACUGCCAGUGUGGUCAAAGAGAAGUUGGCUACGGAAAGCUCUUCGGGGGCAACGGAAAAAGUGAGAAAAGGACUCUCCAACUUCUUGGGUGUUAUUUCAGACACAUUUGCUCCCUCCCCAGAUAAGACCAUUGACUGUGAUGUCAUAACCCUGAUGGCAACUCCAUCUGGGACCACAGAGUUGUAUGACAGUGCCAAGGCUCGACUCUAUAGCCUCCAGUCUGACCCAGCCACUUACUGCAACGAAGCUGAUGGACCACCUGAGCUGUUUGAGGCCUGGCUUUUGCACUUCAGCUUGGAGGAGAAGAAAGGAGAGAUAUCUGAGUUGCUGGGAAACAGCCCGUCCAUCCGCUCCCUCUACUCCAAGAUGGUGCCUGUGGCCGUCUCCCACUCAGAAUUCUGGCAGCGGUACUUCUAUAAAGUCCACCAGCUGGAGCAGGAGGAGCUCCGGAGGGAGGCUCUGAAGCAGCGGGCAGAACACGGUGUUCACUCAGAGGAUCCAGGAUGGGAGGAAGAGGAGGAAGAACAAUUUCUUGGAUCCUCUUCCUCCUCCUCACAAGCUGUCAUCCAGGGAGAGGCUUCCCCCAUCUUGGCCGCAGAAGCCGUUCCGACACUGGAGGCCUCGGUGGAGAUGUGGGCCACGCUGAGCCCCACCCCGGUGGAGGCGACCCCCUCGGAAAGCAGCGAGAGCGUCUCUCUGGUGACUCGGAUCACAAACCCCACCGCUGGGCCUGCCUCCCCCUUACGGACUGGAGCCCCACUUGCAGGAGCUGAGCGGGACGAUUCUCCGAAGCCGCAGGAAGCCAGCAGAGAGGAGCAGGGAAGCUCCUUGGCUAACGCAGGGGAGCUUCUGCAGCCUUCUCCACCUCCCCAGGAGGCCACGGCCUCUUCAGAGCAGCCUAAGCAGCGCCCAGAAAGCAAGUCGGCCAGCAGGACGGAGACUCCGCGAGAGGAGGCGCCUCUGGACUUGCGGCUCUUUGAGCUCAACUCGGACAGCGGGAAGUCCACACCAUCCAAUCACGGGAAGAAAGGCUCGAGCACAGAUAUAAGUGAGGACUGGGAAAAGGACUUUGACCUGGACAUGACAGAAGAAGAGGUUCAGCUGGCACUUGCCAAAGUAGAUAUUUCUGCGACGGAGAUGGAGGACGAAGAAUGGGAGAACUGGGAAUAACGAGGGCCUUUGCUCUCCCUGGGCUCCUUGGACUCAGCCUUGCCCCCACCCCCCCCACCCCCAGACCACCCAGUGUGAAUUAAAUCACAGACCAAUUGGUUCCUUUCUCUCCUGUAAAAGUGUUUUGGACUGGCUACACCUCAUCUCUGCGCAAGUCCUCCUUGGGAACUUGAACUGGAACCCUGGCUCAGAUCCCGAUGGUGGCUAAGUUGUACAGAGGGGCUGAAGAGCAACAGCGUCAAGGGUGCGUGUGCUGGGGGCCUCUGUCUCCCCCAAGCAGAACGGAUUUGAUUUCAUUCUCACUUCUUUUGGCAUUUUAGGGUGGAUUAGAAUGGGAUGGGAUGAAUUAUCCCGGUUUGAGUGAUCUUCAGAAAUAGUUGGGAUUAUUCUACAUGUCUCUUUUCAGUCUGAUAGCUUGCUAGCUAUGCCAUGUUACUGUAUGUGUCUUGAAACCCACACAACUUCUAGGGAUUUGCAGGAGCAAAUCUCUUUGCUUACCUGUGUGAACUCCAGUCUUAAGAAGACGCUCCGAGGCAUUUCUGGACCCUACAGACCCCUCUCCCAGCUCAUAGUGCCUGGUUUGGAAUUACCUUUUGCAUAAAUGAACCCAUCUCUCUUCAUGUAUCCCCAAAUGUAAGCUGGUCCAUUUUUCCUGGGAAGUGAAGCAUUUUUUUCAAAUGAAAUUAUUGUUCCGAGGGCUUCCUCAUUAUGUAAUCCCACAGAGUAUCUUGCAUAAGUUCCAGUUAUGGAGGGGGAAAGAGGCACAUUCCUCCUGGGUUGUCACAAUCAUGGCUAAGAUCUCUUUGAAAGGGCCCCAAUUUUUUUGGGGGGGGGGUUUUGCACAUCCCUUGAGCCAGUGCUCUACAGUGUUGCUUGGACUGAAGUAUCCCUUGCCUCAUUAAGAAGAGGCACCCUAGAUUUUCCCGGAAGCAUCUUCAUUUGCCAAAGCUUCAUAACCGUCUGUCUUCCCCUUGCAUUGAUCCUCUUCCAUAGACAGAAAUGCUUGGGAAGCAACAUGCUUGGGUGAGAGUUUGAGUGCUCCACUUCCUUAUCCAUCUUCUCUCUAAAUAAUCUGUACAGGCAUCUUCUCUUUUUUUUUUAGGGAAAAUGGGGGGGCAGAGUGAUGCACCCCCCUUUUGAUCUGCUUGAUUUAGUUGUUGCUGCAUUGCAGUGGAGUCUGACUAUAAUUAAGUCUCACUUUAGAAUUCAUCAUGCUUUUUUUAAAAAAUGGGUCCAAAAGGCAGAUUUAUCUUCUGGAAGUACAAUACACCAAGAGGUCUUUCUCGACACACCCAACUGAAUUUGAAUGGAACCGAUGCCGGCUCAUUGAAGUGGGUCUGAAGCCAACACCUCUCCCUGGUGGGACAAGAUCCCUGGUUUAACUCGUCUGGGAAGGAUUCAGACUGGAGCCAUCCCCCUCCUUUUGACCCCAGUGCAUCUGCAUGACAGCAGCAGCCAGUAACCCUGACAGCUGCUCUGACCGGGCCGUCUCUCCCUCCCGCGGUGCAGCGUUCAGAGGGGUUCCCAGAGGGCCAGAGAGGGAGGGAGGAGUUGCCGCUGCUCCUCUCUUUCCUCUUUCUUGUUAUAAGCAGCAGCUGAGGGAGGAAACCCCUUGAGAAGGAGACUCGGUGUGCAGGGUUGAGAAGGGGAACAUGGUGCCUGUGGAAGUUGUUUGGUCUCGGAGUCACUGAGGUGUUUCUGAUAAGGUAAAAGACUGGCUUUUGGGGCUCCCCUGUGCCACCAGAUCAUGAAAAUCAGCAUGUGUCUGAAGGACAAUUGACUUAGGAGUCAUCCCUGAAACUAGAAGAAAUUAAAGAGGAAGAGAGAUUUCCAAAUUGGUCAUCUGUGGGAAAUGUGAGCAAGGAUGUGAUUCGGCCAGUGGAAAGCGACUUCCUCUGCAUGCAGGUGGCCCUGUGAAAUUGAAGGAGUGUGGAUAGAUGUGUGACAAUCCAUGAACAUGGCUUAAUCUGAAGAGCUGCUAGCCGCUGUGAUUGAAAAUGACAGCUGGGCUACUUAGCCAACUAAAUGAAGGCUUGCAGUUCUGGAAUAAUUUAGUGCUUAAAGAUGAAGAUACUUGCAUUGUACUAGGGCCAGUUUCAUCACUCCUGGGAAAGCUGCUCUUUGGAUAUAUCAGACUAAGCUUUCUGGAUCAGGAGAAUAUUUGUCUUGAACUCUGGUGAUUUCUCCUAAAGGGCUGAGCAACCUCUAGUGAGGGUGUAAAAUGCAUAAAGAGGCCCAUCUGGACCAGGCCUCAUUACUGGAUGGUUCAGAUUCUAGAACAGCUGAUAGGUGAAUAUGUGAGGAAGAUGGUCCUUGGAAAAGCACCCCUCCUUCCUCGGCUCUAAGGGUUUGUGGUGAUGGGACAGAAUAGGGUAGCCUAGAGCAGCGCUUCCCCACCUUAGCAACUUUUAAGGUUUGUGGGCUGGCUCCCUUUGAUGAGACGGACAGCCCGAGAUGCUUUGCCAUCCACAGGAAGGGCUCCCCAUUUGUGGCAAGUUGCCAAGGUUAAGAAACGUUGCUCCAGAGUCCAGUCUUGGUGCCGGGAGACAUCCGGGGGCUCCAGUUUCACCAUAAGUACUUUGUUUUCUUUUUCUUGGUUGUGCAAUAUUAUCUCACGUUUAAAUUAUAUGGCAUCUCCCUGGACUGUUCUCUAGCUGGGGUGAACAAGUGACACUAACAGCUGUUAGUUUUGUAAUUAUGACUUUGCCUUUUACAGAUUUGCCAUUAAUGGCAAUUAAAGGAGUUCUACAGAAACAA